CAUUCGGUUUUGCUUCUCUAGUAUUACUCAGGCAUUGCCGAAUUGCACUUCCAUCACUUGAAUGGCACCUCCCUUCCAGCCAAAGCCACGCCGAAUCGAAACAGCAAUGCUACCAAGCCGAGCCCCUGUUCCCUUCGAGGAAGACAAAAGAGCUGGAUGACAUGGAAACCUACCUCAGCUCUGACGACUUCCGCAAUGUUGCUAUCGAGCGCUUAUCAGGUGCUGUGAAGAUCCCUACUCAAAGCUACGACGACAUGGGCGAUAUCGGCACUGACCCUCGAUGGGAUAUUUUCUACUCAUUUGCAGACUACCUCAGCAAGACGUAUCCACUAGCCCAUGCCACGCUUCAGCUUGAAAAGGUCAACACGCAUGGCUUGCUGUAUACAUGGGCUGGUACGGACCCCAGCCUCAAGCCUCAUUUGCUGAUGGCGCAUCAAGAUGUUGUGCCUGUUCCAGACUCGACAAUCAAGCAAUGGACACACCCACCAUUCUCGGGGUAUUACGAUGGAAAGGCUGUAUGGGGGAGAGGUGCGAGUGACUGCAAGAACCAGCUCAUGGCCAUCCUCAAUGCAGUCGAGGCACUUAUUUCCGCCGACUUUACGCCCAAACGAACACUGAUUUUAUCUUUUGGAUUUGACGAGGAAAUUUCUGGUGGAGAAGGAGCACAGCAUCUCUCAGCAUACCUGGUCAAGAAACUCGGGCACAAUUCCAUCGCGGCUAUUGUCGAUGAAGGCGCGGUGAACAUUGAAGCGUGGGGCGGAAAUUUUGCCAUCCCCGGCGUCGCAGAGAAAGGCUAUGUCGAUGUCGAUAUCGUUGUGCGCAUGCCGGGCGGCCACAGCAGUAUUCCGCCACCGCACAAUGGCAUUGGAGUGGCCAGCGAGCUCAUUACACUAAUCGAAGCGAACCCCUAUGAGCCGCACCUUGCUGACGAAAACCCCUAUCUCGGUCUUCUCCAAUGCGGCAAAACGCACGCCCCAGAAUUUCCACACAAGCUGGGCAAGUUGCUUGAAAAGCGAUCCCGACAAAGUGCAACCUGCAGGAAGCACUCCAAGAAAGAUGAGCUCGCUCUCGAGGCAGCCAAAUCUGGCCUGGGCGUUAAAUACCUGUUUACGACGUCGGUCGCCGUCGACAUUAUCCACGGCGGAGUCAAGAACAACGCGCUGCCCGAACGUACCCAAAUGACGGUGAACCACCGUAUUAAUGUUGGCUCUACCUCUUCAGAAAUCAAAGCACACAUCUCCUCUCUCGCCGCGCAGGUAGCAAGCAAGUACGGCCUCGCACUGCACGCCUUCAAUGGCUCCGAGACCCCCUCGAGCAUCACGCUCUCGCACGGCCCCACCCUCCUGGAGCCCGCCCCCGUAACGCCAAUAUCGUACCACUCUCCUUGGAACCAAUCCAUCUCGACUCCCUUUUUUAUCCUCUCUGGCACCACGCGCGCGCUGUACGGCACAGAAUUAAUCGUAAGCCCUGGUCUCAUGACAGGAAACACGGACACGCGCUAUUAUUGGGAUUUGAGCGAGAACAUCUUUCGGUAUGGACCUGGCUGGGACAAGGACCAGGUCGGCAUGGGGAAUGUUCAUACGGUGGAUGAGCGUGUUGGCGUGCAGGCACAUCUCGAUACUGUAAGGUGGAUGUGGGGAUGGAUUAGGAACAUGGAUGAGGCGGUGCUGGAGUGAGGAGUCCGUGGGGUGACAUGGCAGUAUCUUGUAUACGUAUGAAUUGUGAAAGGAGGUUGU